AUGAUCGCGGUUCUCCCUUCUGCCUUGCCGGGCGUCUUGCUCGUUUUGGGCUCUCUUCCGGGCUCCUCCGCGGAACUCAAGAUCAGCUCUCGCGACGAGAUCGUCGAAUCCUCCAGCAAGCUUGCCAAAAGCUUGUUCACCUUUUACGAAGGGGACAAGUAUGGCGAGACUCCCGGCGUUCUUCCUGGGCCUCCCCAGUAUACGACCGGGGACUAUUAUUGGUAUCAAGGCGCCGCCUUCUGGCAGACCUACCUUGACUACCAGCACUUCACUGGAGAUGAUUCGUUCCAGGCCAGUAUCCUCAAGGGCAUGGCAUUCCAGAUUGGCCCGAACAACGACUACAUGCCCCCGAACUGGACUGCAACCGCCGGUAAUGACGACCAAUGCUUCUGGGGCUCGGCCGCGCUGCAGGCCGCGGAAUACCAACUGCCAAACGCCGAUGGCAAGCCGUCAUGGCUCGAUUUGGCGAAGAAUGUGUGGGAAACCCAAGCAAGUCCGGAUCGAGACGAUGGAACUUGUGGCGGAGGACUGCGCUGGCAGAUUUCGCCUAUUAACAACGGAUAUGACUACAAGAACUCGAUGUCCAACGGAUGCUUUCUGAGCAUGAGCGCCCGACUUGCGAGAUACACUGGUAACGGCACGUACGCGAAACAAGCCGGGAAGACGUGGGACUGGCUGAGCGCCGUGGGCUUCAUUGACAACAAGACGUCAGCUGUGUACGAUGGAGCCCACGUACCCUACAACUGUAGCGAUAUCAACAAGGCCCAGUGGUCUCAGCACGCUGCGAUUCUCAUUGAAGGCGCAGCAUUCAUGUACAAUUUCACCGACGGAUCCGAGGUUUGGAAAGAUCGAACGGCGAAACUAGUGAAAUCAACUCUGGAAACCUUCUUCCCCAAGAAGAUUGCCUACGAACCUGCGUGCGAGAGACUAGAGAAGGGCACCUGCCCUACCGAUGCACUCUUCAUGAAGGGAUAUGUCCACCGUUGGCUUGCUGUCGCCACUCAGGUCGCCCCUUUCCUCUCGGAAUCGGUUCUCCCAAUGCUGCAGUCUUCCGCCGAGGCCGCCGCCAAGCACUGCAUGGAUAUCUCCAACGGAAACGUCACAUGUGGCUUCUACUGGAGCGAGGCCGAGUUCGUCGAUCCCAUGACUGCCGACAACACGACUGGAGUCGGUGAAGGGACAAGCGCAUUGAGUGCUAUUUCAGGCUUGCUUAUCGAUUCAGCCAAGGCCCCUAUUAUCGACAAGACUGGAGUCAGCAGUGGCGAUUCAGGUUCAGGCUCAGGUUCAGGGGGUUCUGCCACCGGUACAACAGGCUCGCCAUCGCCAACAGAGUCGCCUUCUGCUGGUAUUCGUUUUGGUGUCGAUGCAAAGACAACCUGGAUUAUUGGUGUCUUGGCAGUCUUUGCAUGGGUUAUUUAA